UCCUAAGAAGAUCUCUCAUUAGAGAAGUCUUUUCUACGUCCACUGAGUCCACUGAACCAGCAGCAUCUUUUACUCCUGAGGGCUGACUCUUCUUUUCUCUCCAGCCAGAAUACUUCAACAUCUUGUCCACCAGCAUGACUCCUCGAUCCCUCCUCCUGUCCACUCUGGUUCUCUUGUGGUGCUUCAGCAAUGCUUGGUGCUCUCCAACAUGCAACAACCAGUGCUGCCGUUUUGUGGAGGAAUUCCCUGUUAGGCUCAAGAAGCUGCGAGAGGACUAUUCCCAGAUCAGAGACUUUUAUGAGGCAAAUGAUGACCUGGACACAGCGCUGCUAGACCAGACCGUCGAAGACUCUUUUAAAAGCCCAUUUGCCUGCCAUGCCAUGGACAGCAUACUGGAGUUUUACCUUAGCACGGUUCUGCCGACAGCCUUGGCCGGAGUGACGGAGGACAUCAAGGACCUACGACCCUACAUGGAGUCCAUACAGCAGAUCUUCGACCGGCUUAAGGCUGAUGUCACCAGAUGUCGAAAAUACUUCUCCUGCAAGAAGCAGUUUGACAUCAAAAACUUAAACUCUACAUACACUCAAAUGGAGAGUAAAGGUCUAUAUAAGGCUAUGGGUGAACUGAAUCUGCUGUUUAACUACAUUGAGACAUAUCUGGCUUCUAAACGGAGCAGAAACCAAGCUUGA